GAUGCAAAUAUGACACACUAAACGUAAGUGUUAAAAUGGUUUUCUCUAAAAUAUAUUCUGUUUUUGUCUGUGCCAUUUUAGAUUAAAAAACAACAUAAAACACAACAGCAAUCAUUUACAUCAAUACGUAUGCCGUUAUCUGUAACAACUAAUAUAGAUAAGAAACCUGAAGACUCAGUUUUUAAAGUGCCGAUGUCUCCGAUAACCAAAUCCCAACCAUCAUCGUCGAAUAGUGUUACAGCAAAACCCUAUCCAAAAGCGAGAAAGAUAACAAGAAAAACAGCUUCGUUGGUUUAUAAAGAAAAUACUCCAAUUAUUAUCUCCACUCCAAAACACCUACUAUCAAACCCUCAUCGUCGUUGUUAUAAAAAAUAUGAUUUCUUUGCAGACGAUAGCGAUUCGAAUUAG